UUCCGGUGUCCGGGAGGGCGGAGCUUCUUAAGCUUGGAAUUGGGUGGUGGCUGCUCGAUUCAAGUUUUGGAGUUUCAGUCCGAUAUUCUGCUGCAGCUAAUGUGGGAUGCGUAGGCCGGGGGAGGUUUAAGCAUUAUUUUCCUGUAGAUAUUUUCUGCAUUUGGUUACUUUUACUUGUGACUUUAGCGUGGCUAACAUCUGGUUACAAGGACUGAUCUAGUUACUUGAAAGGCAGGUUUAAUAUCAGCUGGCUAGCUUGGUACUUGUCAAACUAGGUGAAUCUUCCAUAGGUUCGGGCUGAUGCAGGCCAUAAAAUGUGUGGUUGUGGGAGACGGGGCUGUGGGCAAAACAUGCUUGCUGAUCAGCUACACCACCAAUGCCUUCCCAGGAGAAUACAUACCCACAGUGUUCGACAACUACUCUGCCAAUGUGAUGGUGGAUGGGAAGCCAGUGAACCUGGGACUUUGGGACACUGCAGGGCAAGAAGACUAUGACAGAUUGCGUCCCCUGUCUUACCCUCAGACAGAUGUCUUUCUGGUCUGCUUCUCCCUUGUGAGUCCUGCCUCAUUUGAGAAUGUCCGUGCAAAGUGGUAUCCAGAGGUCAGAAACCAUUGCCCCAACACUCCCAUCAUCCUUGUAGGCACCAAGCUUGACCUGAGGGAUGAGAAGGCUACCAUUGAGAAGCUGAGAGAGAAGAAACUCACCCCUAUCACCUACCCUCAGGGUUUGGCCAUGGCUAAAGAAAUCGGAUCGGUGAAGUACCUGGAGUGCUCAGCCCUGACUCAGCGUGGUCUUAAAACGGUGUUUGAUGAAGCUAUCAGGGCGGUACUCUGUCCGCCGCCAGCCAAGAAGAAGAAGAGGAACUGCCUCCUGCUCUAAAGGGACACGGGAGAAACACCUCUGUGGUAUCCGGAACCACCAGCAGUACCCGUGCUCAGUGGAGCAGUGUCCCCAUGGUAACCUGUCUCAACGUCCAAGUCGCAUCAUCAUUCUGCUAUGAAUGGUUGUGUUGCAACUGUGUUUCAUCUGAUGUGGAGGAAUUCUCUGCAUGGAAGCAUUAUAUAGUGCUUUUUAGUUAUUUCUGUGAGCAAAGGAUAUUGUAAAGCCAAGACAUAAAAUCUCUGAUGACUCCAAUUUUUCUGUUUUGGGAUUUUUUUUUUUUGAUUGUUCAUCCAUCAACUGUUCUACACUGAUUUUUACUUGUAUAUCCAUAACAUUUGUUCUAAUAUUUCUUUUCAAAAAGAGAAAAAUUCUGAGUUAGCUUUAAGUUUCUGUAUUAUCCUACCUCACUGAAUAUCAUAUAUCCUGUUAUGCAUUUGAUUUUCUUUAUUACUUUGAUACUUUAUUAAUGUGCCGGUGGAAGUAGACCUACUUGAAAUGGUCUGUUCUUUUUCCCAUUGAUGGAAAUCUGAAUAUUUCAGACUAUCAUCCUUAAACUGAUCAACAGCUUUCGAAUCGCACAAUUAAAACACUUGAUUGUAAUGUUUCUGGUGAAGAGUAAAUAUGGCUGCUCAAAUGAUAAAAAUGUAAGUUGCUGAUUUUAAAAUCAAUAAAUUGGAAUUUGAAUAAAA